AUGAAAGGUCGAAAAAUUUAUCACCAAGAUACGGGACAAGAAAUAGGUGAUUUAUUGAGUCAGGGUGAUUUAGUGGCUUUGCCACAUGGAGCAGAAGGAAUAUUGAGGAAAAAUUUGCUUGCGGGGGAGAUUGAGGAAAAGGUGGAAGAGAUUUUGAAUGGUGUUUACUUGAGUUUGAAUAAGGGUGCUGCUAUUCAGAAACCUCGGAAACCAAUCACCAAAGAAUACUUAACUAAUCGGCAAGAAAAAAGCACGCAGCGAUUAAGGCUAAUUGAAGUUAAACAAACAGGCUAUUUUCUAGUCAAUGAUUAUCAGCGAGAACAGGCCUUUAAUAAUCUAACUAUCGGAAGUACCCUAAAUAUUUGUUUAGUUCAAGAACAACGCCAAGGCUUAGUUGAAUUAAAAGAGGUAAUUGCGGAGGAAAAACAAGGACAAAUUACUAAUCCGCUCACUAAUCGCCCGGCUCUCUAUGGAACUCUGCUAAAUGGCAGUAAAAAUAAUUUCUUUGCUCGCAAGGCUUUUAAAGUCAAAUUUACUCAAAUUCAGGCCAAAGUUUAUUUUCGUUGUGAUACUUUUUUACUUGACAGGAUAAAAAACGCCCUCGCUAGUCAACAUUUAGCCGGUAAUUAUCAAUUUCCUAAUCUCAGUUAUUUUUUUCGUUCGGCUCUGCAUGCUUAUCAGACAGGAAUGCCUUUAACUUAUCAACGAGAACUUAAUAAUCCCAGAAAGGAAGUGUCUUUUCGUCUCACGGAAGAACUAAUGACUUUUUAUAAUUCGUUGCCGUUGAGUUCGAGGACAGAAAUAAUGGAACGGGCUUUGGGGAGUUAUUUUUAUCAGUGUUUUGGGUAA